AUGAGCAGAAAUACCAAUUGGCUAAAAUAUCUGUCCUGUCAUAAACGUCACCGUAAACGUGGAAAAGAUGGUGAUUCCAACUGCACUAACUGUGUAAACAAGCAAAACCCAGACAAUAUUAAACAGAUUGACCAGGAUGAAAGUGUUAAGGAGACUUUAUCACUGUCAACUAUUAGUCAUAUUCCUGGUGUUGGAGACGGAGGUUCAGCAAGUUUAGGUGACUGGUCUGCUGUUCACCAGCUUGAUGGAAUCGAUGCCUCAAAAGUGAACCUAUUGUGUGAUGGCAACAGCAAUAAUACAUCCUCUUUACUGGGUGUUCUCAAUCGAGUAGAAUUCUGUGAUCGCCUGGAGUCCAUAGUUGUUCGGCUUGAAAAGAUAGCGCAAGCAAUGAUUCCAGAAAAAACUACUGGACUGAUUGCUUUUGAAUCACUUAUUGCUAAUAGCCUAAAGAAUUACAUUGCAUGUAGUAGAAAGUUGGGAGGAAACAUACAAUCUCAGUCUUUAUGUGUUCAAAAUGCUUUUGGCUUCGUCAGGGAUCUCAUUGAAUUAUCCAGUAUUUAUAGUAAACCGAGUGAAGAGGAUAUGGAUAUUCAUUUGAAACCUCUUCAUUAUAAGAUAAUUGAAAUAACAAAUUUCAAGGUUGGAGCGAUGUCUGUACGGAAAUGUCAAUUAUCAACUAUUGCAGAUUCUAUUCUUAUACUGAAUUGGGUUGGGUCUAGUACAGCACUGCAAUACGUGAAAGAAUUGAAGGAUUCCACAUGGUUGAAUGCUAACAAAGUCUUUCAGUAUUGUCGUGGGAGGGGAAUUCGAUCUAUGCAUGAUGUAUUAUUUACUCCUAAGGGUCUCUAA